CCGCACCCGGCACAUUUUUUCAUAACAAUAAAAUUUUCAUUCUCUUAGCACGCGAUUCCGUUGUUCGUCCAUCUGCAAAAAUAAAUUGCCUCCGUAUUAAAUCCGGUUGAUCCGGUUUUUAGUUCUGUUGUUAAACUGGAAGGAAUUCCUGUUCCUAACGAUAUCGAUAACUUGCUUACUUGCAGUUUUUCAAUCUAAAUAGCAUCCCGAAAGCAUUUGGCAUUCAUAUAACCUCUAGAGAUGUUGCGCGUUUUGCUCAAAGGAUUGCCCAAACCGGGCGUUGGAACCCAAAUCGCCAGAUAUUCGUCCAUUCCGGCGCCGAAAACGUCUCCCGAGAUCCUGUACACUGGGAUCUUCAUCAACAACGAAUGGCACAAAAGCAUUGGAGGAAAAGUGUUCCCUACGUUGAAUCCGGCCAACGAACAGGUCAUUGCCGAGAUCCAGCAGGGCCAAAAGGCUGACAUCGACGCCGCGGUUGGCGCUGCCAGGGAUGCGUUCAAACUUGGAUCCCCAUGGCGCCGUAUGGACGCUUCUAAGCGUGGACAGCUGCUAUAUAGACUUGCUGAUCUCAUGGAGAGAGAUCGUGUCUACCUGGCGAGUUUGGAAACUCUCGAUAAUGGCAAGCCGUACUUUAUGUCGUACAAUGUAGACGUCCCUAUGGCCAUCAACAAUCUGCGCUAUUAUGCCGGUUGGGCGGACAAGAACCAUGGAAAAGUGAUCCCCAUGGACGGUGAAUUCUUCGUUUACACCCGUCAUGAACCGGUGGGUGUCUGUGGUCAAAUUAUCCCCUGGAACUUCCCAAUUCUCAUGGCUGCCUGGAAAUUUGGACCUGCACUUGCAACCGGAAACACAAUCGUACUGAAGCCCGCCGAACAGACAAGUCUGACGGCAUUGUACAUGGCCCAGUUAGUCAAAGAGGCUGGAUUCCCACCGGGAGUUGUUAACGUUGUGCCCGGAUUUGGAGAUGCUGGUGCUGCUCUCGUAGAACACAAUGACGUUGAUAAGGUCGCAUUCACUGGUUCAACUGAAGUCGGUAAAAAGAUCCAGCAAGGCGCAGGCCUGAGCAAUUUGAAGAGAACCACCUUGGAGUUGGGCGGAAAAAGUCCGAACAUUAUUCUUUCGGAUGCCGAUAUGAAGCAUGCCGUUGAGACAUCACAUUUUGGUCUGUUCUUCAAUAUGGGCCAGUGCUGUUGUGCGGGUUCGCGCACCUUCAUCGAGGACAAAAUUUACGACGAAUUCGUAGAACGUAGUGCCGAGCGAGCAAAGAAGCGAACCGUUGGCAAUCCGUUCGAUUUGACUACCGAACAUGGCCCGCAGGUGGACAAGGCUCAGUACGACAAAAUUUUGAGCCUGAUCGACACCGGCAAGAAGCAAGGCGCCAAACUAGUUGCCGGUGGCAAAAAGUACGAGGGAUUACCCGGCUACUUCAUUGAGCCGACCGUAUUCGCUGAUGUGAAGGACGAUAUGACCAUUGCCAGAGAGGAGAUUUUCGGCCCGGUGCAGCAGCUGAUUCGAUUCAAAUCUCUGGAUGAGGUAAUCGAACGGGCCAACCAAUCCGAGUACGGACUAGCCGCGGCAGUUUUCUCCAACGACAUCGAUAAGGUGAACUAUUUGGUACAGGGUCUCCGCGCUGGAACCGUUUGGGUCAACACGUACAACGUGCUGUCCGCCCAGGCACCUUUCGGAGGGUACAAAAUGUCCGGACAUGGUCGCGAGAAUGGCGAAUACGGUCUCCAAGCAUACACCGAAGUCAAAAGUGUGAUCACCCGUAUUCCAGUCAAAAAUUCAUAAAGUAUUUCAUGACUAUCCUUUAAUGUGUCUUUAAACUGGUCUCGUAAAUGUUAUCCCAUGGGUUUGGUGGCUUAAAAUUAGUGAAUAAAUAAAAGCACAAUUAUUUUUGGAA